UUAUUCGUUGCGUUUAAGGUUGAGGACCGUCGGCGUCGAGCAGAACUGUUAGUCAAGUGUCAGCAGGUAACAAUAGAAGAACUCAAAAAUGAGCUAAACUCUGUUCAAUGCGAAUCUCGUAAGAAAAUCUUACAGCUCCAACAGGAGAUUGAGUCCAGUAUAACCAAAGCCGACUCGGCGCUUAUCACUCAGCUCUACGCUGAGGUUGACCAUUUAAGAAAGGAAGUCUCGCGCCUCGAAUCAAUUCUAAAUACAAAUCUCGAUCAGCAUUUGACAGACCUGCGUGAAGCCGAUCGGAUGUCGACUGCGUUCAGGCCCGAUAAUUCCAGUCAUCACAAUCUCAUUAAAGCCUUGGAAGAACGGCUAUUGGAUUACAAAUGCAACGCGGAGAAGACGAAACAGGAAUUGGCUUCUUUGCGAGACCGAUUUUUGAAGGAGACACAUAUUCGUUACGAUUUGAGUCGAGAACUUGUUCAACAACGUGCUGUAGCCCAACGGUUGUCUCAAAAACUUCAAGCACUUCAUAUCGCAAACGAAGAAAAUAAGGAGAAUUCGAAAACCUUCCAUGAGAAUAGGGACACCGACUCAUUAGAAGUAUUGGGCAAUGCAGAACAAGACAAACCCUCCAUUGGAUCCUCCGAUCUGCAGAAGGUUGAAUGCAAGCAGUCCUGA